UUGUUGCACAUGGUAAAGCACGUGCAUGACGCAAUCGGUAAUUAUCGUGGGUUUUCGGACGAGUUCGUAGAUUCCGAAGUGAAAAUAACAGGAUUGGAAUUUUUAUAAGAUUAAGCAUGCAUUCUGCUUCAGAAAUUGCUGUUAAUAACGUUCCAGCAUUUUUGUCGAAGAUAUGGGCAUUAGUAGACGACCCUACAACCGAUGAACUUAUAGCAUGGGAUUCGUCUGGCAUGAGUUUCCAUGUGUACGACCAGGCAAGGUUUGCCAAGGAAAUUCUACCUCUGUACUUCAAACACAGCAACAUAGCCAGUUUUAUCAGACAGCUUAACAUGUAUGGUUUCCGAAAAGUUGUUCACUUGGAAUCUGGAGCUAUAAAGACCGAGUCAGAUGAUAUAGAAUUUCACCACCCAUACUUCAUGAGGGGACAGGAAUAUUUACUAGAAAACAUAAAACGUAAAUCAACUAGUGCUGGGGGUGUGGUUGGUGUCAAGACGGAACCAGGUUUGAAACUGAAAGAGGAAGAUGUAAACCGGGUGUUAACUGAUGUUCAGUUAAUGAAAGGAAAACAGGAAAACCUCUCUUCAAAAAUGGAUAAAAUGAAGAAAGAAAACGAGGCCUUGUGGAGGGAGGUAGCAUCUCUGAGACAGAAACAUUUGAAACAACAGCAGAUUGUAAAUAAGUUAAUUCAAUUCAUGGUUCAUUUGGUUGGUGGAGGUAACUCCAGAAUGCCAGGAUCCGGUUUACCGAAACGGAAAAUGCCGUUAAUGAUAAAUGAUGGGAGUCAGAUGGUUGCGGCGAAACGUCCAAGAUACAGUAAACAGAUGUCAAUAGAGGAACUGCAGCAGCCAGAAUAUGUUGUGAAAUCACCAUCAAGUGUUAGUUCGGAGAUAUCGACCUGCGGUCCAGUCAUUCAGGAAGUUAUAGAUACACAGCCCUUGACAGCCGAGGAUAUCACCAUGGAGGCACAUAACUACAGCAGACCUGUGCCUAAGACUUCGCAAGCGGGGGCCUCUUUAAGAACAGGUGGCACCACUGCAUCAAUACCUCAAACUUACAGUCAAACAAAAACAAGACCCGAAGCCACACAGACAAACAGUGGGUCACAGAAUAUGGCAGUAGAUAAAGUAUCACCCUCAAAAGAUGUGUUGAGUACCAGCCUAGAUAGUACAGAUCUGAAUAACCUUCUACAGGUAGUAGACCCUUCCAGCCUUCCUUCAUUGGGGGAUCCCGUUUCAAAUUCACAACUUCUUGACAAAUACAUCAGAGAACAUCCUCUAGCAGAUAGAUCAAACAUUUAUACGACUACACCAACUGAUUUAUCCGGCCAGUUGGAUCACAUGCAAGAAGAUAUUGAUGGUUUAAAAGAAAUGUUGAGUAGCAGCCAGUAUAACUUUGAUCCCAGUACUCUACUCACUCUGUUUAACUCCGACAUGAACUUACCUGUUAAUGUUGAAAAUUUAUUGGAUGACUUGGAGAAAGAUGGAGGACAGAACAACCUUGCAAUCCCAUCGACUGCAACAACAUCAUCAUCAACAACAGAUCAUAACACCAUAAUGGGUAAUGAGUUAGUACAGUUCCAGCCAUCAGACAAUUUUCUGGCACAUAUCGCAGACCUGUCGGAUUUUAUUGACAAUGAUUCGCCCAAAGAUUCGGUUGUGACACCAGGACCUCUCAAAUUACCGGAAAUAUCAGAGCCGGCCGAGAACAUUAUUGAUCCGAUGUCGUUUAUCAACACAAAUCCUGUAGCGUCAAACUCGGAUGAGGAGGAACCCUCCACAAGUCUCGAUACACCUUUGAUUUUUGAGACCAUUGAUUAGACUGUAAAUAUGCUCAUAUUAUAAUCAUUCAUUUUCAAAGGUACAGAUUUUGUGGGUGGAAAUUUUGUAUGUCUUGUGAACAACAUUGGAUUCGAUUAAGCAGUUCAGUAGAAAAACUGUUUUUUUUUAUGUCUUGACAAGGUUUUGAUGUUUACAAAGCUUCUUUCCAAUUUGUAUGAUUUUUAGAUGGAAAAUGAAAUUUUAUGUAACUUUAACCCAUAUCAUGCUGGACAAGAUUGAUUCUGCCUUUGCGACCAGUGCAGUCUGAUCAUGACCUGUACUGUUCGCCAUUCAGUCAGUAUCUUUUUGGUAUGCACCCCUUUUAACUGUUAAUGGUACUGUCCAAAUUGAAAGAUGGAAAAGUUCAUUGUAGAAAUUUAGCAUGGUAAGGGUUAAAGUACAUGUUCCAUUAUAGUGAAUGACGUAACUGUAUGUUUAUACAUUCUCCGAUACUCUGUCAUUGUAAAUAUGCAUCUGUACAGCUAUAAUAAAAAGGAGCUUUUGUUUGAUAAAACGUAAUCAAUUAUCUAACAUGUUACCAUUGCAAAGCAAUAAAAUUUGAUUUUGUUAAUUACGGAUAAUUAUAAUUGAGCUGUGCCAUGGGAAAACCAACAUAGUGGCUUUGCGACCAGCAUGGAUCCAGACCAGCCAGUCUGGUCAGGAUCCAUGCUGUUCACUUUCAAAGCCUAUUGGAAUUAGAGAAACUGUUAGCGAACAGCAUGGAUCCUGACCAGACUGCGCGGAUGCGCAGGCUGGUCUGGAUCCAUGCUGGUCGCAAAGCCACUAUGUUGGUUUUCUCAUGACACGGCUCAGUUAAAUUUCUCACUGCUGGGAGUUAUGACAAAAAACACUUUCUAAUUGAGUAACUUUCUGAGAAAAUCUCUGUUUGUGUAGUUGCUCAGGCAGUGAUUAGUGUCAUAAUUCUCAGCAGUGAACAGAUGCCUUUUAAGGAUGAAUUUUUGCCAUUUGAUUUAUUGUGAAAUCAUUAGUAUUCGUGGGGGACUAAUUUUCGUGGAUUUCGUAGUUGAGUCAAUCCACGAAAUUUAAUCCCAAGGAACAAGCAAAAUUUCCAUUCAUUUUAUGUUCAAAAGUUGAAAUCCACGAAUACAUAUCCCCACGAAAUUGCCGUUUUGACCAAAACCACGAAAUUUUUUGCCCACGAAAUUAAAUGAUUUUACAGUAUUUGGCCUGCAAAUGAAGAUGUUGUGGUUGUAAUUUCCAUUUGAAGAAAAGUUUGGGGAAUCAGAAAAAAACAACUUUUGAUUUCUGUUGGUUUUUUUUUUUUUAGAGUGUGGUGGGAUGGCGGUGUUUAUAGGCUGUAUCCUGAAAUUAUGCCUGUUUUGUUACUUUUAUAGAAUAAGCCUUGUCUAUAUCAUGGCAAUACUUACAACAGAAAUGUGUUAGUGUGAUUAAAAAAUAUAUAUAUAUAUACAUAUAUAAAUAUUUACUGAGUUUGUUGUUUUUGUACAAUUAAGAAUGUGCGUUAUUUAUUGUAUAGAAGGAAACAUUUUGUAUCUGAGAGUACAUGUAUUUGCUUCAAGUAUUUUUCCAUUAACAUUUUGUCAUUGAUGUAAAAGUACUUCAACUUAAUAAAAAGAGACAAAGUUGACGUUCAAGCCAUUUGUCUCUGACACAAAGGACUUUAUUUCAUGUAUUUGGUAUACAAUAUAAUUUGGAUGUAUAUAAAUAAGAUUCCCUACCUGGUCUGUUAACAAAAAUGGUCUCUUAAUAUACCAUAAACACAAAAAGGAAGUGAAAAAAUGGAUUCUUCUGUAAUUAGAAUACUGUAAUUGAUUGAAAAAUAACGUAUGAGUUGUGCCAUGAGAAAACCAACAUAGUGGCUUUGCGACCAGCAUGGAUCCAGACCAGCCUGCACAUCUGCGCAGUCUGGUCAGGAUCCAUGCUGUUCGCUUUCAAAGUAUAUUGCAAUUGGAGAAACCGUUAACGAACAGCAUGGAUCCUGACCAGACUGCGCGGAUGUGCAGGCUGGUCUGGAUCCAUGCUGGUCGCAAAGCCACUAUGUUGGUUUUCCCAUGGCGUGGCUCAUAUUAUAUAUUUUGUCAGUUGACACUAUUUGGUAGAGUCUUAUUACUGAAGCUUACUGAAAUGACAAAAAAAAUAGUGCCAUUAUUCAAAACUGCUGAAAGUGCUGAUUUUUAACAUAAUUUCAACAUAGUUGUAGGAAAUAACUGAUUUACUUUAAUUUGUUUGAAAUGCAUUUUUGUAGAAUUGAUAAGAUGUCAUUUUUAUUUAUUUUAAACAGUAUAGAACUACUUUUUGCAGGAGACUUCAUUAUAAUUGUUAUUGCUAUUGGGGAAAAAAUGUACUUGUUAUAUAAUUGCGUCCAUUGAAAUUGUGCAUUGAUAAUUAUUUCUUAGUUAAGCAAGAUGUAAAUGUUGCCUUUGAUAUGCUCUCAAGUAUGUUCAUACAUUCUGCACUUGCAUGCCAAUAUGUUUUUUAUGUCAUCAGAGCAAAAAUGCAUACAUUUGUGAAACAUUUAAAAAAGAAAAUUUUAAGAUUUGUUCAUUCGUCGUCCACAGUUUCUUUAAAGAUACAUCUCUUUCUAAACCAACAAGACAAUUUUAAUCAAAAUUCACCAGAAUGUUCCAUGUGUGGUCCAGGAACACUUGUAAUGUUAACUGUCCACCUUUACAUAACUGAAAUGGUAUCGAAAAAUGAAGCUGAAUUCAAAACCAACUAGAACCAAAGUCCUCAAAGCCCACUCGUAACCCCCACCACCGAAAACAUGAAGAUACUGGUUUUUCUUUUAGUUUCUUGUGGUUCUUAUUCUUGUCUAACUUUUAGUAUCACGUCCUUGUCACCUCUCCCUACACCUCUGCCAACAUUUAUAUAAGCACCUCCACAAAAAAAAAAGUUUUUGUUAUUGUAUUCUUAAUGGCUCAUUAUGUUGUAAGUUAUCAUCAUCAUCCGUCCAACCACCCCCAUUGUCAUAUAUAGCGAAGAAUUCUGAAAAUUACUCUAGUCAGAAAUCACUGGUCCUAUUUCUUUGUGUGGCCCUCUUCCAGAACUGUUAAAGCAAAUUUGAACUCAUGAGAAUGAUGUAGAACGAUCGUGACCAUCUUUGUUUUGAAGAGUGAACAAAGUAGGGGCAGAGACAUUAUAUUCAUUUCUUUCCAUAUUGCUUAUUUAUUAAAUAUGAAGAAGCCCCUUACAUAUUUUUUCUUGCUCCUAAUCUGUGUAUGCAGCAUAUAAAAUGGGCCACGCCAUCAAAAAACCAACAUUGUGGCUUUGCGACCAGCAUGGAUCCAGACCAGCCUGCGCAUCCACGCUGUUCACUUUCAAAGCCUAUUGCAAUUAGAGAAACUGUUAGCGAACAGCAUGGAUCCUGACCAGACUCUGCAGAUGCGCAGGCUGGUCUGGAUCCAUGCUGGUCGCAAAGCCACUAUGUUGGUUUUCUCAUGGCGUGGCACAGAUAUAUUUUCUAUAUUAAUAUCUAUCAAACCUACUAGCUCAUGAACUUUGAACAAAAGUCUAAAUCAUAUUUUCUCAAAUGAAACUUUGGGUGCAUUUAACCAUGUAUCUUUGCUACACUUACAACAAGUGUUUAUUGGUAUGUAGUGUGUUUAAGUGCAGAAGACCACCUGAAUAUAUGAAAAAUGUUGAAAAAAUGUCCAAUUUUUCAUUGUGAUUCAAAACAAUACAGUAAGUUUGUAGUCAUUAAAGUUAUCUUCUCCUUCACAUGUAUGUGCGACAGAACGAGUCAGUACUGGUGCAGAAUCCUUAAGGCACUGUGUAGAUUAAUUAAUUGCUGUAACAUAACCCAUUUUAUAACCCAUAAAUACUUUUAAAGUGAACAAAAAUAGAUAUGGUUAGUGCUCUGAUAUGCAGCAUUGUCUGUUUUUACAGACAGUGUGCUAAGUUUUAUUUUAUUUAACGCCAGACAAUUAUUUAAAUGCAUGUGAUAUAACCAAAUUUUUAGCUCACCUGAGCAUUGCUCAGGGUGAGCUAUUGUGAUCACGCUGUGUCCGUCGUGCGUCAAGUCAUCCGUCGUCAACAAUUGUGUUUAAAAGACAUCUCCAUAACCACUGAAUGGAUUUUGAUGAAACUUGGCAUAGAUGUUCCUUGGACUUUUCCAUGACUUUUCUCUUUAUGUAUACCAUACUUGUCCAAAUUAUUGCCCUAAGGUAAAAAUAAAAUGAUAUCAGAUUUGUAAUGUCUACUGUAAUUUUUCAAAUUAUUGCCCUAGGUUCAAAAGUGUGUGUGACAUGUAUAUAAUAUAGGCUUACAAAGAAGAAACCUAACUAUGUACUUAUACAAACACACUUGAAGCCUUGUACACAGGUGAGCGCUUUAGGGUCAAUGACACUCUUGUUUCUUAUAUUGCACAACUCAUUUUGUUCAUUCCCUUGUGGCCUGUGGCAACCAGAGUUUUACUAUAUUAAAAUGACUGUUGUGAAUGAAUGUAAAUAAAAUGUGCUAUAAGGACUGAAACUUGAAUGAUCUGUAAUAUGAAUUGGUUGCUAUAUUUUGUUGUUAUAGAUUGAUUAUAAAUCGUUGAUUGAUUAUAAAUCGUUGUUGACAAGUGGUCUUGUACAAUUUAGUGAGAGACAUUUGUAAAUGUAGUCUGAUUUUUAGCUCACCUGAGCACAAAGUGCUCAUGAUGAGGUAUUGUGAUCACGCUGUGUCCAUCGUGUGUGCAUGCGUGCGUCAAGUCGUCCGUCGUCAACAUUUAUGUUUAAACGACAUCUCCUCCAAAACCACUGAAUGGAUUUUGAUGAAACUUGGCCAUGAUGUUCCUUGGGUGGUCAUCUACCAAAAUUUUCAAACGGUUUUGCUUGGUUGCAUAUAGGGGCUGCCAGAGCUAAAAAUAGAAAAACUUAAAACAACAUCUCCACCUAAACCGAUGGUCCGAUUUUGAAAUAAUUUCACACAAAUGGUCCUUAUGUCACCCUCUACAAAGAUUGUUCAAAUUAUUUCGAUUCAUCAAAAAAAAUGGUCGCUAAUGGGCGCGGUCACUUUUCCCUAUAUGUAUAUAGUGGAAACUUUAAAAGUCUUCUUGUAUGAAACUGCUUGCCCGAUUUUAGAAUAAUUGUACAUAAAUGGUCCUUGUGUGACCCUCUACCAAGAUUGUUCAAAUUAUUUUGAUUCGCAAAAAACAUUGCCACCAGAGGGCGCGGUCACUUUUCCCUAUAUGUAUAUAGUGGAAACUUUAAAAAUCUUCUUAAAUAUGUGAAACUGCUGGCCUGAUUUUAGAAUAAUUUUACACAAAUGGUCCUUGUGUGACCCUCUACCAAGAUUGUUCAAAUUAUUCCGAUUCAUCAAAAAACAUUGCCGCCAGAGGGCAUGGUCACUUUUCCCUAUAUGUAUAUAGUGGAAACUUUAAAAAUCUUCAUGUGUGAAACUGCUUGCCCGAUUUUAGAAUAAUUUUACACAAAUGGUCCUUGUGUGACCCUCUACCAAGAUUGUUCAAAUUAUUCUGAUUCGUCAAAAAACAUGGCUGCCGGGGGCGUGGUCACUUUUCUUCUCUGAAUCAAUAAUAGCUAGAGCCUUGAUAUUUGGUGUGUGAUAUGAGAUUUGUAAUGUCUACCAUAAUUGUUUAAAUUAUUGCCCUAGGUUCAAGUGUGUGUGACAUGUAUAUAAUAUAGGCUAACAUAGAAGAAACCUGACUCUGUACUUAUACAAACACACUUGAAGCCUUGUACACAGGUGAGCGCUUUAGGGUCAAUGACCCUCUUGGUAUAUUGUUAAAGUCUUUAAGAUAUCAUGACUUUGAUGAUAUUUCAGUUUCUCUCAUGUAUAUUAAGACUGUGUUCAACCGGUAACACUGAAUUGCGGUAAUGGAUGUAGAUUAAGUUCCAGGAUUUGCAUUGAAUGUGAGUCAGGUAAAGAAUUUCAUUUACCACUGUUUAGUGCUACUUUUGUUUGAUAUGAGAUGCCAGUACCAUAAUGCUAUGUUACCAGUUGAACACUGAUUAAAAGUGAAAGAGGGGCCUCCGUGGCCGAGUGGUUAAGGUCGCUGACUUCAAAUCACUUGCCCCUCAUCGAUGUGGGUUCGAGCCUCACUCGGGGCGUUGAAUUCUUCAUGUGAGGAAGCCAUCCAGCUGGCUUACGGAAGGUCGGUGGUUCUACUCAGGUGCCCGCUCGUGACGAAAUAAUGCACGGACGGGCAUCUGGGGUCUUCCUCCACCAUCAAAGCUGGAAAGUCGCCAUAUGACCUGUGAUUGUGUCGGUGCAACGUUAAACCCAACAAAAUAAAAAUAAAAGUGAAAGAUGAUUUCUGUUUCUAAGCUAAUGUAGUGGGUAUUUCCUUAAAAACUACCGACGCUAUACAGUAUAUUACAGUGACUUCCAUUAUUCUCAUGUUCCAUUAAAUUAUAUUUUUAUUGGUAUGUUUACCUGUUGAAUAUUUGUGAAUUUUUAUGAAUUAUAUCACAUUGAAGUUAUAGAGUUGUUGUAGGAUACGUUUUUGUUGAUAUGUACAUUAUAAAAAUAUAUGGGAUAGUUUUAGUGCCGAUAUUUGUAUUAUGCAGUUAUUGUACUAUCAUGUUAAUAAUGUGUUUUUGGCCAUGCAUUUAAGCCAAGGUACAUGUGUGAGGCUGUCGUUUGAGGGCCAGUACCACAGAUGAAGAAUAAACGACAUUGUGUCUGAAAUCAUUAGUCCUCCACCUCUGAUUAAUGUGGGGAAGUUGGCAGUUACUUGCAGAGAACAGGUUUGUACUGGUACAAAAUCCAGGAAUGCUGGUUAGGUUAACUGCCCGCCGUUACAUGACUGAAAUACUGUUGAAAAACGGCAUUAAACCCAAAACAAACAAACAAAACCACAGAUGAAGAAUCUAAUACAGUGUCAGUUUUAAAAAUAAUAUUAAGAGACGUAGAAAAAAAAAAGAAACUAAGAUUGAACUGUUGUAGCAAUGCAGACCUGUUGGAUAAUGUGUAUGUUGAUAAAAUAUUGCGCUUGCAAGGUGACUUUAAUUUCUUUUAUCAUGUAAUAAAUGGCCUGGAUACAGUUUAACUAUGGUAAUAGUAUAGCGAUCUCACUGAUUUAAAACAUUUUGCAUAUGAUAUGGUUUGAAACAUUAUAGCUGGAAAUAGUUUAAGUAAGUACCUUGCUACUUUAAUACUUAUUACUUCCGGACUUGAAAGUUCAUUCUUUAUUACUAAGUUUUUGUUCUGAGCGAAUUACUGGUAACUAUAUUAGUUGAUUUUAACGUAGAACAGAGAAGUUCAAAAUUUGGGAUUAAAAAUUGGUUCUACCGGUAUAUAUCUGUGACAGUAGUUUUGUUGUCUUCGAGUUUUACUGCACACUGAAAUACUAUAUUUUUUUUGUGGUAUACUAUUGGUUUUGAUGUGGAGGUGUUUUAUUUGUUAUUGGUUAAGAUAUAUUUAUGAACAAGAAUACCUUGGUUACUAUAGGGGUUGAGUUUAAAAUUACUGACAUUGUUUUUUACUGUUUUGGCCAUGACUAGUUCUUUAAUAAAUGCAAAUAGUACUGGAAAAAUAUCAUCUGGGAAUAAAAUCUUUGAAGAAAGUGUCCAGUUGAUACGUGUUCUUGUACGAUGGAUUUAAAAUAAAAAUAUGACUACUU